CUUCGAAAACCUGUGCUACAUUGUGGCAGGAGGAGGAGUGAACGAAAGCCCACAGCAAGCUUUCAUUCCCUUCUUUCUCUGUGUGUGUUUGGGAUCUCUCCGCUCCUUCAUCUGUUUCUUAGACUUGUUGUUCUUGAGGAAGAUCUCUGCAAGUUUAAGUUUUCGAUCAUGGGCUCCAAGGCAAUAGCAGCGAUGGCGGUGCUCUUGGCCUCGAUGCUACUCACGACCUUCGCGGCCGAUGAGCUCUCGACCACCAUCGCAGGGAGAGUCUUUUGCGACCAAUGCAUCGAGGGCCGCUUCACGAAGUUCGGCUCUUUCCUCCAAGGUGCCAGAGUUGCCGUCGACUGCAAAGAUCGCUCCUCCGCCAUUGAGGCCACCACGAACGCCGCGGGAUUCUUCAGCGUUGCGGUGCCCGGCUCCGCCGCGCUUUGCUCCGUGAGGGUCAUUAGCAGUCCGCUCGAGGCCUGCGCCAUCGCCGCGCACACCGAGGAGGAGCUCAUUCAGCUGGGCGGGAAUAGUCUCGGCACUACCCAAUCGCGGAUCAAGUACACGGGGCCCUUCAGCUUCAGGCCCGAGCAGCCGCUGGAUUUCUGCACCAAAUUCUCGCCCACGUCUCGCCGGCUGUCCGAAGUCCGCCCCGCAACUUACUACGACGCGCCGGUAACUUCGCCAUCCCCAGUCUACAAGAGUCCGUCUCCCUCGCCGGUAUAUUCCUCGCCAUCCCCGGUGUACAAGAGCCCGUCUCCCUCGCCGGUGUAUUCCUCGCCAUCGCCGGUGUACAAGAGCCCGUCACCAGUCUACAAGAGCCCAUCGCCGGUGUAUUCUUCACCAUCUCCCGUUUACAAAUCUCCAUCUCCAGUCUACAAGAGCCCAUCGCCGGUAUAUUCAUCGCCAUCUCCAGUCUACAAGAGCCCAUCUCCAUCGCCAGUAUAUUCCUCGCCAUCCCCGGUCUACAAGAGCCCGUCACCGGUGUACUCGUCUCCUUCACCAGUUUACAAGAGCCCGUCACCGGUGUACUCGUCUCCUUCACCAGUUUACAAGAGCCCGUCUCCGGUAUACUCGUCCCCGUCACCAGUCUACAAGAGCCCGUCGCCUGUGUACUCGUCCCCGUCACCAGUGUACAAGAGCCCAUCGCCGGUGUAUUCCUCCCCGUCACCAGUCUACAAGAGCCCAUCGCCGGUGUAUUCCUCCCCGUCACCAGUCUACAAGAGCCCGUCGCCGGUGUAUUCCUCCCCGUCACCAGUGUACAAGAGCCCUUCGCCAGUCUACUCAUCCCCGUCACCAGUCUACAAGAGUCCGUCACCCAGCCCAGUUUACUCGUCCCCAGCUCCAGUUGUGAUCCCGGCUCCAUCCCCGGUCUAUAAAUCACCCUCGCCAUCGCCAGUGUAUUCAUCACCGUCGCCAGUGUAUUCAUCGCCAUCGCCAGUGUAUAAAAGCCCGUCUCCAUCGCCAGUCUAUUCCUCACCAUCCCCGGUUUACAAAUCUCCAUCUCCGGUUUACUCCUCACCAUCCCCGGUUUACAAAUCUCCAUCGCCGGUCUACUCCUCCCCAUCCCCGGUCUACAAAUCUCCAUCGCCGGUCUACUCUUCCCCAUCCCCGGUUUACAAAUCUCCAUCCCCGGUCUACUCCUCCCCAUCCCCGGUUUACAAGAGUCCAUCGCCGUCGCCGGUUUACUCCUCGCCAGCGCCGGUAUACAAAUCCCCAGUUCCGUCACCUCCAUACUGAGGUUAGAAAAAGCCAUGCACGUAUGGAUUCGAAGAAAUGCUUGUUGGUGAGAAAAUAAGACUAGGUGAGAUGUUUCUAGAUAUAUAUGUUGUCGUAAUCUUCCAAAUGUUAUAACAUUGGAUUUAGUACCUUUGAAAUUUGUGAGUGACAUUUGUUGGGCCGGACAGGACAAUAGACACAGAAAAGGUGGCGGUGGCCAGGUGAUCAGUG